AUGGUUGUUAGAAAUGUCCAAGAAGAAAUUGAAAAGACUGUAGAACGUUUCAAUUCUGAGAAUACUCUGUUCUUAUACGUUAAAUACAUUCAAUCGUUCAAUGUAAAUCAUAGUCAGGUUAUUCAAAAAUUGGCAGAUAAUAUUCAUCACAAUGAUAGUUUAGAUGAUAAAAUAGAUGAUAAAGUAGAAGCUGAAGGUCAUAAAUUAAAAUCUUUUAAGGAAGAUGUACCAAGUUAUCAAGAUAUUGAACCUUUAACAAUUACCACAGAACAUGCAAAUAAACAAGAAUUUAAAAUAUCUGAAAAUAUCACUCAUAACUAUGAAGAUGAUGAGAAUAAAACAACACUUAGAAAGUAUCCACUCACAGAUGAAAUUCAUAUGAGUCAAAGUAAAACAUUAAGACGAAGUAAAUCUGGAUGUUAUCGUAAUAGUACAGAAUCUUUUUGUGGUACAAGUUCAUUGAUGAAAAACAGUAUAAUUGAUAAAAAUGUUCAGUUUUCAGUAGAACGUUUGAAAGCAGCUAGAGAUGAAGCUGAUGAAGCUAUAAAAAGUCGAAAAGUAUUUUCAGUUCUUGGUCCUUACAAUCCUAUAAGACAAGCGUUGAGAGCUCGUGGUUGGAUUGAAAAAUUCGAUGUCUAUAUUGGAUCUUCAGGAAACACUUCACAGGAUACUAGUAAAUCAAUACGAUCUAUAAAUGAUAACAAAACAGCCCGAAAUUAUAAUUCUUUAUCAAAUGAUACAGUAUUAGGAGAUUCUGAAGAUGGAGAUUCAGAUGAUGAUGUAACUGCGGCUACUGAAGAAAAACAACGUAUUCAUCCAUGGGAAGAAGAUAAUGGGUACUAUGGAGUGCUGUCUCGUAUGGUGCGUUCUGAGGUCCCCAGAUUCAUUUGGUCACUGCGUAAGAGUCAAGUAGAUUUUCGCGAUUUACAAAAGGAUCAAAUGAUUAACCAUCAUACUGGUGCACCAUUUACAACCAAGGUUGGUCUUUGUCGACAAUUACGUAAUAUUAGAUGGUUUGCUGACUGUGAUGCUGAUCGUUUUUUCCCACGUUGUUUCAUUAUAAGUGAAGAAGAUGAUCGUCAGGCUUUUAUUAAUGAUUUUAAACUGACAGCAUGUAUAUCUCUUGUGAAAAUGAUUGCUAGUCUAAUUCCUGAUAUCCAUCAUUCUGAGGCAAAUGUAUUUCAGUCCAGUGUCAAACUUGUUUGUGGUAAUAAAGAAACAGACGAAACUACUGAUGUUGACAACAACGAUGAUGAUGUUGAUGAUGACAAAUAUCGUGUAGUUGACUUCAGAUCAAAUCUUCCGGUGAUUGAUUCAAAUCAAGAUAAUUGUUUACCAUUUCAAGAUAAUAGAGUAUCAUUCAACACUUCAUGGAAUAUAAAUAUAUUACCAUCUGAUUUAUCAAAAAUAACUCAGAUUCCUGAUGAAAUUGUAGAUUUUGCAAUUUUCCAAUGUCAAGAGUUCUUAAGAACUAAGCAUCAUGAGGAUCUUGAUAAGUCGAAAAAACAAUUCCUGGCUACUGAACAUCCAUGGGAUGGAUUUUUAUCUUGGUAUUACUACUUAGUGAAAACACCUCAUCUACUCACACAUGCUCAACAUCUUUCAUCUCAUUGCCAACUCCUUUGUAAAUUACUGAAAAAAUGCUGUCCGCAGUUUGAUAUGGAUGGAGUGCGUAAUGUGUGGAUUGUAAAACCUGGUGCUAAGUCAAGAGGACGUGGUAUUGUUUGUCUGGAUCGGUUAGAUGAUAUUUUAAAAUUGUACAAGAAGUAUAUUGAAAGACCAUUAUUAAUAUAUAAAACAAAAUUUGAUAUUAGACAAUGGUUUCUUAUAACUGAUUGGGCACCAUUAACUGUAUGGUGGUAUCAAGAUUGUUAUUUAAGAUUUUCUUCACAAGAAUUCACUCUUGAUAAUUUCAGUGAAGCAAUACAUCUUUGCAAUAAUUGUAUCCAACAUAAAUAUAAAAAUGGGGCUAGGUCAGGUAAAUUACCAGAUGAAAAUAUGUGGACAUGGGAACAGUUUCAAACAUGGUUAAGUGAACAAGGUCAUCCAAAUUUAUGGAAGGAGAAUAUUCAACCAUCAAUGAAAAAUGCUGUUUUAAAUGCAUUACUAUCUGCACAAGAGUUAAUUGAACCUAGAAAAAAUUGUUUCGGUCUAUAUGGUGCAGAUUUCUUGUUAACCGCUGAUGAUUUCAAAAUAUGGCUUAUUGAAAUUAAUUCAAGUCCAUGUAUGUCACCGAGUACAUCAGUUACAGCUGUUUACACUUCAAAUGUUUUAGAAGAUACAUUGAAAGUUGUUUUAGAUAGAAAAUCUAAUCGUAAUUCUGAUGUGGGACGUUUUGAAUUAUUGUAUAAACAAAAUUUUCAUUAUUCAUCCAGUAUGUAUACUGGGAUGGAACUUUAUGUGACUGGAUUAAAAAUUGUUAAACCGCAAUCGGAAAAUACGAAUAUAUCACGUUGUCUGCAUAAAACAACGCUGAAUGGUUUCAAUUAUCAUCAGUCAACAAUGGUUUCAGAUGUGAAUAUUGUUUCAUCGUCUGUUAAAGACAAGAGUGGUCAGAUAAAAUCAUAUGCAUUGAAACAAAUCGUUAAAUUAUCAAAUACAUCAGAGACAGGAAAAGUAAUAAAUAAUACAUUACCACCAAUAAAAUGUGAAAGCCUAUCUAGUCGUCAACGGUAUACAUCAAAGGAAUCAGCUUUUGUAAACUUAAAUAUAAAGAAUUCAUUGAAACGAUUACAACCAUCAAUUAUUCAAACAAAUCAAGCUUCACAAUUAAAAUUAUUUCAGUCUAAAAAUAACUUUAAAAGUGAUAGUGAUAUUAAUAUGAUAAAAUCUGACAUAGAUAUUGAAUAUUUAACUGAUAUGGCAUCAAAUGUUUGUUUAUUAAAAUCGAAUAAUCAAACUACUAAUCACAAUGAUAUAUCAAGGAAUAAAUAUACUCUGAAAUCGAAACAAUUAGAAGGAAUAGAUGAGUAUAAAUCAUCUAUGAAAUCCAAUGAAUCCUAUAUAACAAAUGAUAGUCGAAAUCUGUCAGAAUUAAACCUUAAGCAUAAAGGUAAAUCUAUUCAAUAUAUCACACAUAAAAUAGGAAAUCAUAAUCAUUCAGUUUUGUAUUCAUCGCAUACAGAUAAAGAUAGUAAAAGAAAGAAUUCUUUAACAUCAUCAUUAUUAUUACCAACUAAGAUGCAUAAAAUUCAAAAUUCUAUAACAUGUAUAAAACUAGUUAAUUUAAAUAUGAGUAAAUCGAAAACAUUAAGUGAAAUAAAAAGAAUUUCAUUGAAACAUGAUAAUAAAACAAAUAUAUCGAACAUUGAAACAUUGAACAGUGAAGUUCCAAAUUUAACUUCAUCUCAAGUAAUGAUAAAUAAAUCUUCAUUGAUAAGUCAAGAAUCAAUCUCACUUCCAUAUCAUAAUAAGCGUAAACAGAUAACUAAUCAAACAGACAAAUUGAACAUAUUACCACCAAUUAUAAAGAUGAGAUAUAACUCUAUGCAUAGACAUCGUUAUGAAUAUAAAGCGAUAAAUGAUUUACGAAUUAUCAGUCAGACAUUAAAAUCACCUACCUUUAGAAAUUGUGUUCAUAAAGUUAAAUUAAAUACUAUACACUUUAAUGAAAGAAAUACAAAUUUAAGACAUUUUCAUGUAAACAAUUCAAAUUGUAAUGAUUUACAUAGACAUAUAGGUAAAAAGAGUAUCGUUUUUUGUAAAAUAAGAAAAAAGAUGAAAAAAUCAUCAGAUUUACACAGAAAAUUAUCAAUUAGUCAAUUACAAUCAAAAUAUUAUAAAAUACUGUCAAAAAAUAAUGAAUCUCAAUAUUUAAAUGUUAAGGAUACUUUGAAAAAGAAGUUGAAGAAUGAUUUUAAACAUCAAAAAAUGAACGAUAAUAAUAAUAAUAAUGACGAUAUAAAACUUAUUGAUAACCAUAAUCAUCAAAGUGUUGAUGAUCAUUUUGACUCUUUGUCGAAAUCAUCUGAAAAACAAAAUUCUACAGAUUCUGGAUUUCAUGAUGAGGCUAUAAAUGAAUACAAAAGUAAAAUAUUAACUAACAACUUAUCUACAAUCGCCACAGAGAGUAGCUAUUAUGAAAAUAAACCUAUUUUAGAUGACAGUAAUAAUAAUAAUAAUAGUAAUAGUAAUUAUACCCUAUUUUACAGAGCUAUCCAAUCGGAUCGAAAGAUGUCUAUUCAUCAAAUAGAUAACAGAGACAUACAUAAAUGUAGUACACUAAAUUUAAAAUUCCUUGCUCGUAGUACAGUAGAUUAA